UGGGUGAAAAUCCCAUUUCUCCAACAUAAAUAAGAACGCGAAGUUUUCUUUAGCAGUAGUUGUAUCUAUGAGGUGUUAACAGUACAUCUGUAUACACUUCCUAUACGUUUUUUUUUAUAUAGUUGUACAAAACCAGGUUUUCGCUGAGUGUUGUUCGCGUAUUUUACUUUCCUACAUUUCGAGACCAACGUCAUUACGUUAAGUUUACUUACGUGGAACUCCAUUCAAGAAUGAUGCGCAAAGGGGAGAAAUGACAAAGAACUUGCGCUAGUUUCAAAUAGACCGCAGCUUUUAACUAAAUUCAAGCAAACAUUACUUGUGACAGCCAGUCCGAACAACAAACAUGGCGGAAGUGGGUCAGCCUGAAUCAGAGCAGAAUACUGAAACCAAGAUCGAAGAAACGAGACAAAGAUUCAAGAAUGAAUAUGUUCAAGAUUCAUCGGACAAAUAUGAUUCCAGAGAUGUGGACCGGCUCAUGAAAGAUGAUAAUAUGGCUGAAGGAUAUUUGUCAUGGCGACAAAAUGUUGUAGAAGACGCACUGAAAAUGAUCGAUGAAAGUUUUCAGUGGCGAAAAGAGCUCAGCCUUAAUGACCUCACGGAAAGCUGUAUUCCUAAGUGGAUGUUUGAGACUGGGGCUGUCUUCCUCCAUGGCUAUGACAAAGAGGGCAACAAACUGUUCUGGUUCAAGGUCAAGCUUCAUACUAAAGAUGCAAAGACGGUCCAGGACAAGAAGAAGUACGUGGCCUUCUGGCUGGAGCGCUACGCUAAGCGUGAGCCGGGGAUGCCUCUUACUGUGCUGUUCGACAUGACGGAGUCAGGCAUCAGCAACAUUGAUAUGGAGUUUGUCAAAUAUAUCAUCUGUUGUUUCAAAGUAUACUACCCAAAAUUCCUCUCCAAAAUGAUCAUGUAUGAGAUGCCUUGGAUCAUGAAUGCUGCCUGGAAGAUUGUGAAGACAUGGCUUGGACCUGAAGCCAUCAGCAAACUGAAGUUUGUUUCCAAAAGUGAAAUCCAGACCUACAUUGACCCAGAACACCUUCCACUACACAUGGGAGGAACAGAUACCUUCAAGUACACCUAUCCACCCCUGCCUGACGAUGACUUCCAGUCUCCUGUCUCUGAGAACGGACCAAUCGUCAGCGAGGAUGAGAGCGAGGGGAAGGACCCCGAGGUGGACUGCAGGGAAAGCUUGGAGUCCAGCUACACCUCAGAGGUGGUCGCCAAGCCCAAAAAGGUGAACUUCUCUGAGGACAGCCUGAAGCUUGAUGACUUGGACAAGGGUGAUGGGUUUGGUAGGGUGAAAGGAGUUCGGAAGCCUCUGACCACCUUUAAAGGCACAUUACUACAUAUCAGUCCAGCGGAAGAACUGAGCUUCGGCUCCAAAGAAUCAGAGAAGAAAUGCCUCAUUAUCCUCAGCAACGUUACCAAAAACCAGGUGGCCUUCAAGGUUCGAACUACGGCACCAGAGAAGUACAGAGUGAAGCCCAGCAACAGUAGCUGUGAACCUGGGGCCUCCAUGGACAUCGUGGUGUCCCUGCAUGGAGGGUUCCAGGCCUCACCACAGGACCGGUUCCUGGUCAUGGCUGCGGAGAUGGAGCAGAGUGCCGGGGCUGGUUCCCCAGAGCUCGCCCAGUUCUGGAAGGACGUUCCUAAAGCCAAAAUCAUGGAGCACAGACUGCGGUGUCAUGUUCUGGAGAGUGUUAAACCAAUCCUCAGCCUAGGAAGUGAGAGCCCACUGGCGUCAGGCCCCAAUGGUCAUCAGGACCUCCAAACUACUCUCGUACGAGUCAUGGCAAUUAACUCCAGGCUAGAGCAGAAGCUGGACUCGUGUCUCUGGAUCCAGAAGCUUCUGAUGGUGCUGGUUUCUGUCCUGAUGGCAUUCAGCGUCUCCACCUUCUACUUAAUAUGGACCUCCUACUCUUAACCUUUUCAGACCCUACCCAUAGACCUACUCAUAGAAUCUUUUGGCCAGCUCUUUGACCAAAGUAAACUUCUUAUGAAACACAAUGACCAAAAUAUGAAAAGGUUUUCCCAGUUUUCUGGAGCCUGUUGCCAUGGAGAACAUGCAAACUAUUGCGAGUGAAUCAUGUGGUUAUCAUGUGGUACAGGACCUGGUCUCUCGGAGAACUGUGUUUGAGAUGAACAUAGGUGAAAGAGUCACAAAGGCUGACCAUGUGGUUUAAAGUAUAGCUAUUUUUAUUACUGAUCAUGAUAAAAUGAAGAUAUAAUUUAUAAUAAAUAAAUAAUGAUAAUGUAGAGAUUAACUUUCUGAUCAUGUGUACAGUAUUUCAUUUUAAUAUACAGUGUAUAUGCAACAUCAAUAAAAUUAAACAGUUUUGGUA